CCCCAGUCUGGUUGAUGGAGUGAAACCCUGUCUAAAAAAACUAAAUAAAACAAACAAAAAACCCAACAGAUUAACCCAGAAAUUUUCACACACAUUACUGAUGGUACUGGGAUAUAGUGUGAGGACAAAAAGAACUGCAAGAAAACCUUGAACUUCAUAGGUUUGUUGUUACUAGUGAUAUUGAUGUAGUAACUCCAGGAACUAUCUUUUCUGCAUAUUGAAUACAGCAGUGAGUAAAUAUAUUGGUAUUGUUUAGGAACGGGGUUCUCAAUAUGAGAAAAGGAAGAUACAAUAUGGAAUGGGGAAGGUGAAGAACCCUGUUGUGUUGAGUUCAAAUUGGAGAUACCAGUGUGAACUCAAAAAUUUAUAAUAAAUUUUUCUAGCUCUUGUCCAUUAAAAGGGCCUGGAACGAGGGACAGCUCAGCAGCAAUGAGUACCUAGCAGCCAGAUCUUGUUUCUAAAUGCAUUUCCUGCUAAAAGGAACAGGGCUCCUUGGAGAAAUGUUUGAUUCCCGGUCUGGCAUAGGGAAAGUACAAGGUGAGCAUGGAGUACCUUUUUGUGCCAGAAAGCAAGGACAUGAUCAAAGACAGAUGGUGACAUGUUAAAAGGACACAGGAGCUGGCUUUCAGAAGCUCCCACUGGUCAAAUUGGAACAUUUUAAACUUUUUUUUUUUUAAGGGUAAUAGAGUAUAAUGUAUUACUUUGGGGGGGAAACAAGAUCUGUGAGUUCAUAGCACUACUCCAGAAAAGAGAUGAGAUGACGUUUUUUGUAAAAGCUUACUGGCUAAUAUAUGUAGAAGGAAUGAUAGAAUUAGCAAAUUGCCGUUUUGCAGGCACCAGUGCAAUAAGCGCUUUAGGCAAGAAUCGUCUAUGGAGAGUAAAACUAUUGGAUGAGAGAUGUUGGAAAACAGAGUAUCUAUGCAGUCUCAAAAUAUCAUCCCACAGAUUUCUCAUUAAUUCAAAUGAGAAAAUAGAUUCUUACCAUUGAAAAAAUCUCAGGAGUACCACUUUACCUAAGUAAUCAAACCUACCAUCACAAAAAUGGGACAAGCUGUCCAACAUCACUUAUGUAAUAGUCUCUUAAAACUGUUUAACAUGAAUCUAACCAUGAGGAGGCAUCAGAUGAAUCCAGAUUGUAAGCCAUUCAACAAGAUAACUCACCUAGACUCUGCAAAAUGUCAGUGUUAUGAGAGACAAGACCAAGAAAAGUGGGGAGGGUUCUAGAUUAAAUUAAUCUGAAAGAGACAUGACAUAAGUAUAAUUCGAUAUCUUUGAUUGGCUCCUGAAUUGAGGCAAUUGGGGAAUAGCUACAAAGAACUUAAUAAGACAAUUGGGAAAAUUUGAAUGUGUACUGUAUAUUAGAUAAUACUGUAUCAGACUCAUUGGGUGUGCUGAUGGCAUUGUGGUUAUAUAGAAGAAUUUCAGUGCUCUUAGGGGGUAUAGGCUAAAAUAUGGGUGAAGUGUCAUGAUGUCUGCAAUUUUCAAGUGAGAAAAAAAUGUAUAAACAUAGAAAGAUAAAGCAAAUGUGACAAAUGUUAGUUGCUGAAUCUAGAUGAAGGGCGUAUAGAUAUUCACCAUGCUGCUUCUUCAAUGUUAAUGUAGUUUGACAUUUUUCAAAAUAAAAUGUUGGGGUAAAUGAAGUGUGUGCUGCAGUGGUCAGGGAUUGCUUCAUGGAGUCAAUGCCAUUUGAUCAUGACCUUGAAAAAGUAGUAGGAGAUGGACAGAGAUGACAAGGGAUGGCAACCAUCAAGUCAGAGAUGGGAAUGAGUACAGCAUCGCUUAGGAUCCAGUAGAGGUAGGUAGUAGGCAAGUCAUCAGAGAUGAAUUUGAAAAGACAUUUGGGUCCACAGGAUGAAAGUCCUUUAAUACCAGGUUAUUGGAGGCAUAUCUGAUUGUGUAGAUAAUAAGUUCUUGAUGAGAGGGCCUGAGGGAGUAGUAUUUGGGUAAGUUAGUCUGUGGUGGUGGAGUGCUGGAUGGACUGGAGAGUGGAAAAGAGUUUUUUUUUUUCAGUAAUCCAGGCAUGAGGCACUAGACAUGUAGCUUAAAGGGAUGAUUGUCAAUGAUUAUGUAAAGAAAGGAGCGACUCUGGGAAAAGAUUAUAAGGAACCUACGGGUUUCUUUGACUGGCAGUAGGGGAUAACUGAGAAGUUGGGUCAGGAAAUCUGUCUCACUGGUGCCAUUUAGAGUACAAAUUUGGGGGGAAAUUCUCCACUCUUCAGGGUCGCCUCCAUACCCCCAGGUUUAGGCUGAGCAGAAUCUGAGCUCUGCUGUCAAAUUUUGAUGAGAAUGUCAUCAGGAAAAGGGAGGGGCCACCAUUAAAGUCUUUUCUAUCUAUGACAGCCUCCAUUUCAGGCCAAACUACCUUCCUCUCUCCUUUCCUUGUUUCUCAGAUUUUUAACCUUCCAAGGUCUUCCUCCCAAAUAUGUACUCGGACGCACAACCCAGCUGACACAAUAGUCUAUCCAUUGAUUCUGUCCACCAGGCCUGCCUUCCAUAGGCAUCUCUUCCUCCUUCAGUUCAAUGGUAGUUUUCUCUCUUUUAAGCUCUCAGGGAAAAAAAAAAAAAAUUUAUGCAUCUGUUGCAAGUAUACUUAUGUUGCCAUCUCCUUGUCCUCCACAUACCUGCCCUAGCCUGUGGUUUUAUUUUAGAGAAACUUUUGAUGACUGCUGAAAUGGUCUUUGUCCAUGCCCCUAACAGGUGUUGACAGCAGGGACAUGGACCUUUUGGUUCAUUUGCCUUUGAUUAUGUGGAACUGCUUACGCCUCAGCUCAAAUGCAAACCAUAUCAGGUUCUUAGGUUCAAAUGCACCUUCUAGGCUUUAAUAUGGGCAUAGGAAGCCAGCUUCCUGGUGGCGUCAAGAACAAGGCAAGAAGGCCCGAGGUGUCCCAAGAUAAGAUGGGCUUUCUUUUUAGGUAGGAAGGAGGAGGAGUUCAAGCCCAGCGUGGAUAACCCUGUGCAGUCAUAGAGAAUAAAGUAGGCAGAACAUGUAGGAGGAAGGAACAGUGUAGGCAGAGACAGAAGCCAGGAACCAUAGCAAGUGAAAGGAGGACAGUAAAGAGCAGGGACCAAGAAUAGGACUGAGCCCCUACUACAUCGGGCACUGAGGACCACAGCAGCAAGACCCUCUCUGCUUUCAUGGACCUUGCAACCUUGCAUGUAUGGCUUUACAGACAAGUGAACAACAGCUUUUUCAGUUGGGUAUUUGAGCUGCAGAAAGGAUAGAUACUGGGAGCUGUGGAAAACAUCAAAGGGCACUUCCCUAGGCAUCAGGCAUUAUACUUCCUGUUAGAUGCUGUGGUGAAUGGCCUAGCUGAGGACAGAUGACUGUUCUCCUGAGUACGGUGGGGAGGUUCUAAAAGGUUUUAAGCGGCAAAAUGACAGGGGAUGUUAGUAAGCUCAUGGCUGUUAGUAAGCUCACCUUGUGACCAGGUGCCUCCUGUGGGUCACUCUUGGCUCUGUUGUGGUUUUUCUUUGCACCAACCAUCUCUAGUGUCUUGUCUGGUUUAUGUCGUAUUUUGUUUUUCUUUCUCUUUCUUCCUCCUGUCCUGCAUCGCUCUCUCCUGGGCCCACACUCUCUUCUUCCUUGAUGUCCUUCUCUCUCUGAUCCAAAGAUCAGCCAGUAAAAAGCAGUCUCACCUGUCCAGCCCCAUUGCAGCCUGGUUAAGUAGCCUGUCUUCUCUGGGAGAUUCUGCACCUGAGCGCAAGUCCCCUUCUCACCAUCGCCAGCCUUCGGAUGCCUCUGAGACAACAGGUCUCGUUCAACGCUGUGUCAUUAUCCAAAAGGACCAGCAUGGCUUCGGCUUCACAGUCAGUGGGGAUCGCAUUGUUCUGGUGCAGUCUGUGCGGCCUGGAGGUGCAGCCAUGAAGGCCGGUGUGAAAGAGGGCGACCGGAUCAUCAAAGUCAACGGCACCAUGGUGACCAAUAGCUCACACCUGGAAGUGGUAAAGCUGAUCAAAUCUGGCGCCUAUGUCGCACUCACCCUCCUGGGCUCUUCACCUUCAUCCGUGGGCAUCUCUGGGCUCCAGCAGGACCCAUUUCCAGCAGGAGCUCCCCGAAUCACGCCAGUGAUCCCCCAACCACCACCUCCUCCACCUCUGCCACCUCCACAACGCAUCACGGGACCCAAACCUCUACAGGAUCCUGAAGUUCAAAAACAUGCCACCCAGAUCCUCAGGAAUAUGCUGAGGCAGGAAGAAAAAGAGUUACAGCGUAUCUGUGAGGUCUAUAGCCGGAACCCCGCCAGCCUACUGGAAGAGCAGAUCGAAGGUGCCCGGCGGCGAGUCACUCAGUUACAGCUGAAGAUCCAGCAGGAGACUGGUGGCUCAGUGGACGUACUUCCACUAUAUGGUGACACCAGCCAGAGACCAUCAGAAGGCCGGCUCUCUCUGGAUUCCCAAGAGGGGGACAGUGGCUUGGACUCUGGGACAGAACGCUUUCCUUCCCUCAGUGAGUCAUUGAUGAAUCGGAACUCAAUACUGUCAGACCCUGGGCUAGACAGUCCUCGAACCUCCCCUGUGAUCAUGGCCAGGGUGGCCCAGCACCACAGGCGGCAGGGCUCGGAUGCAGCAGUCCCCUCAACCGGUGACCAGGGUGUAGAUCAAAGCCCAAAGCCUUUAAUUAUUGGCCCAGAGGAAGACUGUGACCCAGGUUAUUUCAACAACGAGAGUGACAUCAUAUUCCAGGAUCUGGAGAAACUGAAGUCUCGGCCAGCUCACCUGGGGGUUUUUCUACGUUACAUCUUCUCUCAGGCAGACCCCAGUCCACUGCUUUUUUACCUAUGUGCAGAAGUUUAUCAGCAGACAAGCCCCAAGGAUUCCCGAAACCUGGGGAAAGACAUCUGGAAUAUUUUCCUGGAGAAAAAUGCGCCUCUGAGAGUCAAGAUCCCUGAGAUGUUACAGGCUGAAAUUGACUCGCGCCUGCGGAACAGCGAGGAUGCCCGUGGUGUUCUCUGUGAAGCUCAAGAGGCAGCCAUGCCUGAGAUCCAAGAGCAGAUCCACGACUACAGAACGAAGCGCACUCUGGGGCUGGGCAGCCUGUAUGGUGAAAAUGACCUGCUGGACCUGGAUGGGGACCCUCUCCGAGAGCGCCAAGUGGCUGAGAAGCAGCUGGCUGCCCUUGGAGAUAUUUUGUCCAAGUAUGAGGAAGAUAGGAGCGCCCCCAUGGACUUUGCCCUCAAUACCUACAUGAGCCAUGCUGGGAUCCGUCUUCGAGAGGCACGACCUUCCAACACAGCUGAAAAGGCCCAGUCUGCUCCUGACAAGGACAAGUGGCUACCCUUCUUCCCUAAGACCAAGAAGAGCAGCAAUUCCAAGAAAGAAAAGGAUGCCUUGGAGGACAAGAAGCGAAACCCCAUCCUCAAAUACAUUGGGAAGCCCAAAAGCUCUUCUCAAAGCACAUUUCAUAUUCCCUUGUCCCCUGUGGAAGUCAAACCAGGCAAUGUGAGGAACAUCAUUCAGCACUUUGAGAACAACCAGCAGUAUGACGCCCCAGAACCUGGGACACAGCGACUCUCGACCGGAAGUUUUCCUGAGGACCUGCUGGAGAGUGACAGUUCACGCUCAGAGAUUCGCCUGGGCCGCUCUGAAAGCCUCAAGGGCCGGGAAGAGAUGAAACGGUCUCGAAAGGCGGAGAACGUGCCCCGCUCUCGCAGUGAUGUUGACAUGGAUGCUGCUGCGGAGGCUACUCGCCUGCACCAGUCAGCCUCGUCCUCUGCCUCCAGCCUCUCCACCAGGUCUCUUGAGAACCCAACCCCUCCCUUCACUCCCAAAAUGGGCCGCAGGAGCAUUGAGUCCCCCAGUUUGGGGUUCUGCACGGAUGCCCUCCUUCCCCACCUCCUAGAGGAUGAUCUGGGCCAGCUGUCUGACCUGGAACCAGAGCCAGAUGCCCAAAAUUGGCAGCAUACAGUGGGCAAGGAUGUGGUGGCUGGGCUAACCCAGAGGGAGAUCGACCGGCAAGAGGUCAUAAAUGAGCUGUUUGUGACUGAAGCUUCCCACCUGCGCACACUCCGGGUCCUGGACCUGAUCUUCUACCAGCGAAUGAAGAAGGAGAACCUGAUGCCCCGGGAGGAGCUGGCCCGGCUCUUCCCGAACCUGCCUGAACUCAUAGAGAUUCACAAUUCCUGGUGUGAAGCCAUGAAGAAGCUCCGGGAGGAAGGCCCCAUCAUCAAAGAGAUCAGUGACCUCAUGCUGGCCCGGUUUGAUGGCCCUGCCCGAGAGGAACUCCAGCAAGUGGCUGCACAGUUCUGUUCCUAUCAGUCAAUAGCCCUAGAGCUAAUCAAGACCAAGCAACGCAAGGAGAGUCGAUUCCAGCUCUUCAUGCAGGAGGCUGAGAGCCACCCUCAGUGCCGGCGGCUGCAGCUGAGAGACCUCAUCAUCUCUGAGAUGCAGCGGCUCACCAAGUACCCACUGCUGCUGGAGAGCAUCAUCAAGCACACAGAGGGUGGCACCUCUGAGCAUGAGAAGCUUUGCCGGGCCCGGGACCAGUGCCGGGAGAUUCUCAAGUAUGUGAAUGAAGCGGUAAAGCAAACAGAGAACCGCCACCGUUUAGAGGGCUACCAGAAACGCCUGGAUGCCACUGCCCUGGAGAGGGCCAGCAACCCUCUGGCAGCAGAGUUCAAGAGCCUGGAUCUUACAACCAGAAAAAUGAUCCACGAGGGGCCCCUGACCUGGAGGAUCAGCAAGGAUAAGACCUUGGACCUCCAUGUGCUGCUGCUGGAGGACCUCCUAGUGCUGCUGCAGAAACAGGACGAGAAGCUACUGCUGAAAUGCCACAGCAAGACCGCUGUGGGCUCCUCAGACAGCAAGCAGACCUUCAGCCCCGUACUCAAGCUCAAUGCUGUGCUCAUCCGCUCUGUGGCCACAGAUAAACGGGCCUUCUUCAUCAUCUGCACCUCUAAGCUGGGCCCGCCCCAGAUCUAUGAGCUGGUUGCAUUGACAUCAUCAGACAAGAACACAUGGAUGGAGCUCUUAGAAGAGGCCGUGCGGAAUGCCACCAGGCACCCCGGAGCUGCCCCGAUGCCCAUCCAUCCUCCACCCCCAGGCCCCCAGGAGCCAGCCCACCAGGGCCUCACACCCAGCAGGGUAGAACUGGAUGACUCAGACGUGUUCCAUGGUGAACCCGAACCCGAGGAGCUGCCUGGAGGCACUGGGCCCCAGCAGAGGGUCCAAGGGAAGCACCCAGUCCUGCUAGAGGACCCUGAGCAGGAGGGCAGUGCAGAGGAAGAGGAACUGGGUGUCCUGCCUUGCCCUUCUGCAUCCCUGGAUGGAGAGAACAGGGGCAUCAGGACAAGGAACCCCAUCCACCUGGCCUUCCCCGGCCCUCUGUUCAUGGAAGGGCUCGCUGACUCCGCUCUGGAAGAUGUGGAGAACUUGCGACACCUGAUCCUGUGGAGCCUGCUGCCAGGUCACACCAUGGAAACUCAGGCUGCCCAGGAGCCCGAGGACGACCUGACACCCACACCUUCUGUCAUCAGUGUCACCUCUCACCCCUGGGACCCAGGCUCCCCAGGGCAGGCGCCCCCUGGGGGUCAAGGAGACAACACCCAGCUUGCAGGGCCAGAGGGGGAACGGCCAGAGCAGGAGGACGUGGGUCUCUGUUCUCUGGAACACCUACCCCCAAGGACCAGAAAUUCUGGGAUAUGGGAGUCUCCAGAACUGGACAGGAGUCUGGCUGAAGAGGCUUCAAGCACAGAGGCAGCAGGAGGUUACAAAGUUGUAAGAAAAGCUGAGGUGGCAGGCAGCAAGGUUGUCCCUGCACUACCAGAGAGUGGCCAGUCAGAGCCUGGGCCACCUGAAGUGGAAGGCGGAACAAAGGCUACGGGGAACUGCUUUUAUGUCAGCAUGCCAGCAGGACCCCUGGACUCAAGCACCGACCACUCAGGGGUACCCACAAGCCCCCCUCAGCCUGACAGCGUCCCUGCAGGGCAGGCAGAGCCUCGGCCUCAGCUUCAGGGAGGCAAUGGAGAUCCAAGACGCCUCAGCCGCUCUCCCCCAAGCCUGGCCCUCAGGGACGUAGGCAUGAUCUUCCGUACCAUUGAGCAGCUCACCCUCAAGCUCAACAGGCUCAAGGAUAUGGAGCUGGCCCACAGAGAGCUGCUCAAGUCCCUCGGGGGAGAGUCAUCUGGUGGCACCACGCCUGUGGGCAGUUUCCACACAGAAGCAGCUAGAUGGACAGACGGCUCCCUCUCACCUCCCACUAAGGAGCCCCUGGCUUCUGACUCCAGGAACAGCCAUGAACUGGGGCCCUGCCCUGAGGAUGGCUCUGACGCCCCUCUGGAAGACAGCGCAGCAGAUGCAGCCGCGUCACCAGGACCAUAACCGUGCAAACCACCAAAUCCUCUGUGUCCCCACUCCUCCUUCAGGGACUGGCCUGAGACCAGGGCACAGGGUAGGGGGGAUCCCAACGCUCCUCCCUGUGGAGGAGGCAGUUGGGGAAACUAGGAUCCAGCCAAGGCCUUGGGGGAGACCCGCAUGUUGCUUGGUCUGCUCAAAUCGGAGUCAAGUUUCAGUGUCUUUUCCCUCCCUCAGCCCAACCCUCCAAGGCCUUGUGUCUCCAAAGCAUGCUGACUGCAUUUGAAAGGCCCCCACUCACCAUGGUCUGCCCUCACCCUACAUGUGCGUGCACGCCUGUAUGUGCGCUGCCCUCAGACAUGCAAGUGAAAGGAGGAGGCUUCUGUGUAAAUGCACUUUCUUCCUCCCCUCUUUCUCCAUAAGACCCCAGGCGGAGGUGGGUGCCUCCCCUCCCCUCUUUGUCACUUUGGUUUCCUAUAAAUAUGUAUGUAUCGUAUGUGCAUCUUUGCUAUUGUAAAUAACUUUGACCUUUUUUGUUUCUGUUCCUGAAGUGCUGGAGGCAGUUAUAUGGAAGAAGCUGCUUAGGGAAGAGGGGGUUCACUUUUAUCUCCUAGUUAACAACCCAGCUCGAGGAUCGAGCCUAAAGGGGGAGCCAGGCCUGAGUGUCCCUGUCGCUGUGAGUGGGAAGGUCUUCUGGCUCCCCGUCCCACCUGGCUCCAGAGCCUGCCCUCCACAGCUUGCUGCCGGGCUACUCCCUCCCUCCCUGGACUUCUCAUCUUCACAAGAUGGGGACCAUGGGGAGUUUCUUACCCCACCUAUGUCCCUCCUUCCCCGCCCUGUCCCUGUAGAAAACCAGUGAAGCAGGUAAAGCAGGUACGGAGCUGAAGACUGGGCCCAGGAGGUGGGGAUAGCGGGUCUGAAUGCUGAGUCCCUGAAUUCACCCAGGACCAUCCAAGCGGCCACCACAGCAUUGGCCCCAUCACCAUGUCCUCACCCAACUCUCCCUGAUGAAUAGAAUAUACACACUGUGCUAGGUGUAUAUAUACAUAUAUAUAUAUAUAAAUAUAUAUAUAAUAUAUAAAAUAUAGAUAUGGAAAUGACUGUUUUGCUGUUAAGAUAAUGUAUACUCUUUUAUUUUCUUCCUUUCAUGGUUAAGAUUUUUUUUUAAGAAAAGUUAAAUAUUCUUCAA